GAAAUAAUUAAUUGGAAGAUAUUUGCGCCUACGACUGUGAUCUGCAAAUAGGUAUGUUUGAACACUUUAACACUAAAUUAAAGUCGUUGCAACAACUUGUAAAGCAAAUUCAGGCAGAAAAUUUGCGCCUACAAACUGAGCGAAAAAGCCAAAGUCUGCCCACCAAUUGCAUGAAAGCAGCCGCUGGCUCGUUUAAAAGUGGCAUCUAUACAAUAAAAUAUCAGCGAUUUGGUGAUGAGCCAUUCAAGGUGUGGUGUGAUGAGGAUACCGACUUUGGCGGUUGGAUUGUCAUCCAGCGACGAGUAAGCGCGGAUGUGGACUUCUAUCGAGAUUGGCAACAAUAUAAGAAAGGAUUUGGUGAAUUGUCGGGCAAUUAUUGGAUUGGUUUGAAUAAAUUGCACGCUCUAACCGCAAGUUGUGAACAAGAGUUGUAUAUAAAAAUGGAAGCGUCCAAUGGCACAAAGUACUAUGCAAAAUAUGAUUUGUUCGUCAUUGGUAGCGAAGAGGAAGAUUAUGUUUUGCGAACACUUGGUAAUUACACAGGAAAUGCUAGACACGGUUUAAGGUAUCAUAAAGGCAGUAAGUUCUCAACAUUCGAUCGAGAUAAUGAUGCAAACCCUGGUAUUAAUUGUGCCGAACGUUGGAGAGGAGCUUGGUGGUACACAGAGUGUUAUAUGAGCAAUUUGAAUGGCGACUAUUCUCAAAAAGACAACGGCCAAGGCGUAACUUGGAACGGUAUACAAAUGGAUGAGUCACUUGAGUUUGCGCAAAUGAUGAUACGGCCAACGGAAAAAUGUAUUAAGCGGUUGGCAAUGAAUCAUUUUUCAUUUUAAGAUGAAAAGUUAUAAAAC